GACACGUUCCGCGCCAUGACCGGGUUGUACGGCUCCAUCCAGCCCGCCGACUCCGUGUACCUCAGCACCCGCACGCACGGCGCCGUCUUCAACCUCGAGUACUCGCCCGACGGGUCAGUGUUGACUGUUGCUUGUGAGCAAACUGAAGUCCUGCUUUUUGACCCAAUAUCUUCAAAGCACAUCAAAACUCUCUCUGAAGCUCAUGAAGACUGUGUAAAUAAUAUCAGGUUUCUAGAUAAUCGACUGUUUGCGACUUGUUCUGAUGACACUACAAUAGCACUUUGGGAUUUGAGAAAGCUGAACACAAAAGUGUGCACUUUACAUGGUCACACCAGUUGGGUUAAGAACAUUGAGUACGAUACCAAUACGAGAUUACUAGUAACGUCAGGGUUUGAUGGAAAUGUGAUCAUCUGGGACACAAACAGGUGCACAGAAGAUGGAUGUCCCCACAAGAAGUUUUUUCACACCCGUUUUCUUAUGCGAAUGAGGCUGACGCCAGACUGUUCCAAAAUGUUGAUCUCAACCUCCUCUGGAUAUCUUCUGAUUUUGCAUGACCUUGACUUAAACAAAUCUUUAGAGGUUGGCAGCUACCCAAUUUUAAGAGCUAGGAGGACUACAUCAAGUUCAGAUGUAACAUCAUCAGGUUCGUCCGGUCCUCGAGCUGUUGGUUCACCUUGUCACCAGAAUGAUUCAGGUCCACUGUCUGAGAAACACAUGUCACGGUCCUCCCAGCGAGAAGGUGGAUCACCUAGAAAUAGUCUGGAGGUAUUAACACCAGAGGUUCCUGGAGAAAGAGAUCGAGGCAAUUGCAUUACAUCACUACAGCUACAUCCAAAAGGGUGGGCUACGCUUCUUCGGUGCUCAAGUAAUACAGAUGACCAGGAGUGGACUUGUGUCUAUGAAUUCCAGGAAGGAGCCCCUGUGCGCCCUGUCUCACCUCGUUGUUCCCUGCGAUUGACUCAUUGCAUUGAAGAAGCCAAUGUGGGCCGGGGUUACAUCAAAGAACUUUGUUUCAGUCCCGAUGGCCGGAUGAUUUCAUCCCCACAUGGCUUUGGGAUCCGCUUGUUGGGGUUUGAUGCACACUGCAGUGAACUUGUCGACUGUUUGCCCAAAGAAGCCAGUCCCCUGAAAGAAAUCCGUUCCCUCUACUCUCACAACGAUGUGGUACUGACAACCAAGUUUUCUCCAACACACUGUCAGAUUGCCUCGGGGUGCCUUAGUGGACGUGUUUCUCUGUAUCAGCCAAAGUUCUAGGCACAUCUUGCAUCAACAGGACCUUCAGAUGUUUGUGGUUUUUUACUUCAGUUUAGUUGAAGUGUGUUCUUUCUGAAAUAUCUAAAUCCAGAUAAGAUCAUAGUUACUAUGAUCUCUGAACACAACAGUGGAACAAGUUUCCAGCCCAGCACUGUAUGCGUUCUCAUACUGCAUCCACAAGUCUGCUUCCAUGCGCUGUGUUUUCAGCCUUCCAAGCAGACCUCUUCUCCUGCUGAUCCUGUGCCAUCAAGUCAUUGUUCUUGUCUGUUUGUACCAUAAUACUUGUUGAUAAUUUCCUUCAAUGCAACUUGAAGUGGGCUAUUUGAAACAAAUGCAGAGGGGGCAAGGGUAGCAGUUCAGCCUAAACUUGCCCAGGCUCCCUGGGUACGACACCUCCUUGUUCCAAAGGAGCUGGACUUCCUCAUGUACACUUCCUUGGCCUUUUCUGUUGCCGAAACUGCUAUAUGGUGAUUAUUAGAUAAUGAGCUGCUUUUCUCUGUAACUAACACAAUUACUUACUGCCACAAAAAGCAAAGAAAAUUUCGUUUUCAUUCAUAUAUUAAUUUGGUUGUUUGUGAUUGGCUAGAAGAAUAAGUCAAGUUUCUAUAAUGUUUUGCUGCAGUUAAAACAUUUGGUUUUCUGUGAUUGCGUAUAUUGUGUUUAUUGCCAGAAGGAGGAGGUUCUGGAUGGAGAUGUAGCUGCAUUUUUUUUUCCUCAGACAAUUCAGUAGGAAAAGACUGGGGCAGGGAAGCAGGAGUUGACUGGGUGAAGACCCUGCCCUGUAACCACUGCAGGCAAACUGCUUGGAUGUUUCAUGCAACGCGGGGUGUCCUUGGUUGGCCUCUGUUGGGCUACUUUGACUCCUCAGCCACCAGGGUUUCUGUUGUAGGGAGCUUUCCACAUCUGUAACAUAAACUUUCAUCCCACGUUUGAAACAACACUGCAGAAUUUUCUGCUGAUGUUAAGGCUGUGUCCCACCUGUCUGUACUUCCACACCUCACCUGCAUCAUUGCUGUGAGAGGAAUUCAUCUAGGACGUGUCUGUAGUAUCACCAGAUAAGCCUUUCUUCACGUGUACUGUCAGUUUGGGAAUAGAUUAAAAGCAUGCCUAUCUACAAUAAGUUCUAUUUGGAUUUAACCAGGCUUAUUAUAAGAUGUGAGAAAUGUUAAUGUUCACCAUUAAAUCACAUAUUAAGUAUGAAUGCCAAGUUCUAGCCCUCAAGUUAAUAUAGCUAACCUUGUAAAUGCAGUUAUUUCAGUCUCGUACCUCCAUAUCAGUUUAUAAUAUUCUCAUCACUUACAUGUUCCAAGAUUAUUUUUUUUCGUAUUUCACCAAGGUUUUGCUGACCAAUCACACACUCAAUUCAGUAGGAAACUUUACCUCAAAAGGACUGUCAUAUUUUGGUGUUCAGAUUCACUAUCUCCAGCUCGACAGAGCAUGCUUUUUAAAAGUUGACUGCUAUAAAGCCUUUUGGAAAAUACAUGUUUGGGGAAAAAGAAGACUUCUGUGAAGAUGAGAUAGCUGGAAAUACAUAAGCCUGACGAUCCUCUUACAGUUUCGAAUUUGUGUAGGUAGUGUAUUCUGGGUGUUGAUGGAGAAGUCACUGAAACUUAGGGCUCCUCUGCAUUAUGAGAAAAAAAAUCUUAAAUUUCCUCUUUUGGAGUAUUUCUGCAGUAAUACAAAGCCUUCAAUAUAGGGUAUUUGGUAAUCUGAGGACUACUUAAUUACUCCUGCACUGGGUUUUCAUCAUCUCUAGCAACUGACUGCUAAAGGACUACAUUCAAGUUGUCAAGUAUGUGCAGCUGACAAGACUUUCUACUGUUUGGUAAAAGUUCUAAACUUGCUAUUCUUACGGGUUUUUAACAGAGUUGUUUGAUGAUGGUGUCUCAAUAGGCUAUCAUCCCAGCUGGAGGAGGAAGAAUAAUUUUUUAAGUAAAUAUACUCAGUUAACUUAAAAUGCAAAUAAAUGCCCAUAGUCUUCUGAGAUAGAAACUCAUAGGUUGAAAUGUUCCAUAGCAUAUCUUCUGAGCAAUUCUGGUGUUGCUGAAGCUAUUGUCUUGAACUCAAAAGUAGACUGAUGAAAUUGUAAAUUAAGGGAGUUGCCCCGUUUUCUACAACACUGACUCAAGUUCAAACACUUGUACCUUUUGAAUGCUUUUGGAACUGUGUGCAAGGAACACAAUUCAUAAAAAGGUAUUUUUUCACUUUAAGUUGAUUGGCCAAGCCAUGAAAAAAGGGGCCUAGUGACUGAGUGAAUAAAAUAUGCAAGUGUAUCUGAGAUCAGUUAGAAAUACAUCACUUCCAUUUGCACCCAGCUUCUUUUGUAUGCGUAUAACAGCCUGCGAACCUGAACCUACAUCUGGGCCAGCUUGGAUUUGUUGGUUUGUUAGAAACAGUUGAGGGGGACUUCCCUUGUCUGUGACUUAAAGCAAGGGAAGUUAAGUGUGCAGAAAACUUGAGGACAGCUGUGGAAUACAAUAUUUUUAUGCAGAGGAGGAGCUAAGCUACAAGGAGUUUUUAAUUGUCCAAGCUGUUUGGGGAAACCAAACCAAACCAGUAGCAGUGUGUGGCAAAACUUCUGGCUACUACAUUCUUGACAUGAGUCCAGUGGAAGUGCUAAGUUUCCUGUUGCUGAAGUAUUUUGAAACAGAAUGCAGUGUGACUGUAUGAACACUUGCAUUUUUCUGCACUCCCCUCCAUUGAAAGUUGUGGCCUGUUAGUAAUAUAAGAAACAGGUCUCCUCUCAUCCCCGCGCUGGACCAUGAUGGCUUUUUCCCUAAGUACUCGUUCUCCCUGCUUCUAGGCUGCUGUUUUCUCAUCUUACUUAAUGUUCUACUGAACAUCAUUAAAGGGACUACAGGUAAUAUUUUGAAGAAAUCUUAAAUACUGUUCUCACAGGCUUGAACCAUGUUCAUUUUGGAGGUGAAGCAGCACUCAUGAAUUCAAAGCAGUUCUUGGGUCUGUUUGUUUGUUCAUUUGUUUUCAUAGCUGGUUUUGGUUUUUCCUAUCAGAAAUUCCUUGAACUGGUAGAUUGCUUGUGACUUUAAUUCUAUGCCUGUUAAAAUGCACUGAGUGUUAUUUUUUUAAUUCUACCUCAUGAUACGUUGUUUUUUACCAGAGUAUUGUGCUGAAGCAUUGGACACUAACUUUUCUGUAUGAAGAACUGUUACUCCAAAGUCACACAUGCCAUCCCAUCUAGAAACUACCUGCAAUGCACAGCACCAAGAGUGGUGGGUUGACCAGCCCUGCCCACCUCUGGAAACCAGGGCCACUGAGCAGGAGUGUAGGACUGAUGCUAAAAGUUGACCUGGUUAAGGGGUUUGAUGAUACGUUGAUGCUUUUGUAGCGUGUCCAGCAGAUGCAUAUUAAGAUGGAUUCUGUCCAUGUAUGCUGUAGAAAUGUUACCUAGUUCUUCUGGUUACAUUUGUAAUACGUUUGAAUUAGAGUAAGUACCUAAUCUUAUAUUUUGAUCAUUUGAUUACUCCUUUUUAACAAUACUUGGAAAUUUUCAAUGAAAGUUAAUCUAUUUUACCUAUGAAGUUCACAUAACACUUAACUGAAACUCUUCCGUAGUUUAUAACUGAUACGCUUUGCAGUUGCAUCUUGGUGGAAGGAGUGAUUUUCAGUUCUCUUUCUGAAUACCUUGCCUUACUGAAUUAAUGAAGUAAUUUGUUGGUGAGCUUUGGAUUAUUUCUAGAUAGCCAAAAAAAAGGUUUAUCUUACUGUUAUGUUUCACAAGAUGAGUUCUUAACCUUCCAGAACUGUAUAAAACUGUCUGAAACAAAUAUAAGAAAAUGUUUCAAACAGUAGAUGAAAGUCUGCACUAACAGCAAGUAUGGUAGUGGCUUAUACCAGAGGUUUCUUUAAACUGGUUUACUUUCAACCACUCAAGUGUUACAUCACUUGGUAAAUUUUACAGUAGUUCUACUGAAGAUAGAGCUCUCUGUUUGACUGUAAAGCAUGCAGUAUGUUUUUUAAAUGCAUGGUUUUGUAUUCAUUAACUUCUAUAGUAAAAGAAUUCCUCCAUUCACAGCAUGGCUGAUCAGCAGAAACAGAUAAACUGCAUAAUUAAGAUCUCUAUAGGAAUGUCAACGAAUAGCAGCAUCUACAGGAACCAAACUAGUGUUUGAAGCUAGUAAUCCUUUUGUAAUAGUCCAGUGACUGUAUGUUGUGGGAGUAAAUGCAUUUUCUGAGUAGUCCAUUAGAGGUCAGUCUUUAAAUCACUGAAGCACUGUUAGACAUUUGUGGGGAGUGGGAGAGAAACUAUUAAUGGGACUAUACAGUGACAUUCAUGUAUAUGUACUUUCUCUGUAUGAGGGGUGUGUGUGUGUAUUUCAGUAUCUAUACAGCCACGCGGCAUCAGUCCACUUGUCAAACAUGGGUAGUUCAGGGAAAAAUGUAACCUCCAAACAGAACUAUUGGGGAUAGGAAGAAAAGCACAGUGAUACAGACAGACACAUACACAUUUGUUUGCACUCUUGGAGUCUUGGUAAGGACAGUUUGAUUGCCUACUACCAGAAUUAGAAUGUAAA